AUUAAAUCAUAAAUGCUGACGUCAGCAACGCUUACCAAUUAGUGUUUUCCUUAAGCCACAAUUACAUAACGUCUAGCACAUGGUGGCUAGUGUCUUCAGGCAGCUACCUCCCGGCUUAUAAGAUUCGACCAGACAAUUAUUACAUAAACGUCUUCGCAUUUGGACCCACGUGAUAUUAAUGCAUGUUGGCUCUAUGCUAACCUCCAAUGCCGAAGGACGAACAUACAACCCUACCCGACCGCGUGGCCGUUCCUAAAAAUGGAACAAGAUGAGGGUAACAGCGCUGACGUCUGGACUCGCCAAGACGACCGCUGCCAGGACGCCACGGAGGAGCGACGACCGCGUCAUCAUACAUUUUGACUACGACUGCUUCUACGCCAGCGUCUUCGAGAACGCCAACCCGGCACUCAAGGGGCUCCCGCUGGGCGUGAAGCAGAAGAGCAUUCUGGCCACUUGCAACUACGCGGCGCGCGCCCGCGGCGUCAAGAAGCUCCAGCUGAUCUCCGAGGCCCAGAAGACGUGUCCGGACCUCGUGAUCGUCAACGGCGAAGACCUGACGCCGUUUCGGGACGCCUCGAAGAAGUUGUGGACGUUCCUGCGCUCGCACUCGUGGAACGGCCGCGUCGAGCGCCUGGGCCUGGACGAGGUAUUCCUCGACGUUACCGAUGUCGUGGCGUAUAACCAGGAGUUGCUUAAUCGGAACGCGUUGCGGGACUCGUUCUUCCAGCUCUCGAGGCAGGACCCCGAAAGGGGGUUCAACUUCGACGCCUCCAGCUUCUUCGGAUGCGUGCAGCCUAAAUUAGACCCGACGAGCGUUGACUCGGUGCUGGAUAACCCGGUAUGCGUACGCUUACUCCUGGCCUCUCACCUAGCCGGGUACCUCCGGCUUAAGCUCGAAGAAGACUUCGGGUACACGUCAAGCGGCGGCGUGUCCACGAACAAAGUGCUUGCAAAGCUCGCCGGCAGCGUGAACAAGCCCAAGAACCAGACCACGCUUCUCGGACUCUACGAAGAUGAUAUCAAGAACUUCAUGGAUGGCCACAAGUUGCGACAGAUCCCAGGUAUCGGCUCGCGCAUCGCGCAGCUGAUCCAGGAUCACGUGUUAUCGACGAAAACAACCGCCGACCCGCACGACCUGGAGAUCGGCGCCGGGGUGACGGUGCGCGAGGUCCGGAUUCACCCGGGCAUGUCCGCAGAUCAGUUGGAACGUAUCCUCGAUCGGCCUGGCGCGGAGCGCGGCAGCGGGGAGAAAGUCUGGAAUCUACUCCACGGGGUCGAUCCCUCUGAGGUCAAGGAAGCGAGCGAUGUGCCGACGCAGAUCAGCAUCGAGGAUACGUACAUGUCGAAGCCGCUAAACGCACCGGCCGAGAUAGCGCGAGAGCUACGUGCCUUGGCUACCUCGCUCGUGAGACGUAUGCGUGUGGACCUUACCACGGUUGAUGAAGUAGAUCCCUCAGAUCCUGCUUCGCAGCAUCAAGGGCAGCCACAAUUGCGUUGGGCUGCGUAUCCUAAGACACUUCGGCUGUCGACGCGCUGCCGACCCAGACUUACCACCACGGGCUCCACCCCCACUCCGGAAAGCUUUAGUCGGAACUCCCGCAGCCAAUCACUCCCAAGCUUCGUCCUCAAUUUAAAAGAUGAAAGCGUCGAGAGCGUUGCAGAGCGGUUAGCUUCGGAACUACUCCUUCCCCUAUUCCGCCGCCUGCACGUGGAACGGCAAGGGUGGAACCUGGCUUUGAUCAAUAUAUGCGUAACAAACAUGGUCAUGGUAGCUGGCUCUAGUGAGUCAGCAAAUGGCGCAGGAGCGGGAGGAGGUCGGAACAUUGCGCGUAUGUUCCGGACGCAGGAGGACAAAUUGCGAGAGUGGACGGUUUAUGAUACUGCACCUGUUCCUGAUAAUCCUACAUCUCCCUCCACGCACGACAUUAAGAACGACGUUCAUGGAGAAGAGGGAGAAGCUACGCCAAUGGAAGAUCUUGUGGAAGCAGCUGAGACAGCAGUAGUAUCAUUGGACUCGGAUGCGGACGCUUGGGAGGAAGAGGACGAGUCCCAAAGAUGUCAUAUCUGUGGACAUGCCAUACCUAGUUUUGCAUUAUUAGCACAUGAGAGGUUCCAUAGUGUCGAGGACUGACAAGGUCCCUUAUCGUCGUUUGCAUUGCUACUAGAUAGUUCAGAUACCCCUUUUGAAAUUUAACAUGAUACCCAAACACAC